UAGUGUCGAAGUUCGGUUUUGGAAUGUAAAUGAAAACAGUUCAAUCGUUCCCAUGUUCAUGUUGACCGCAGACUCAAGUUUGCCGCCGACUUUCAAAGGUCUAAGAUCCAACCAAUCAGGGCAAAUAAAAACAAUUGAGUGCGUUUUUUUUGGAACGAUUUAUUAACCACCUGUUCUGACGCGCGUGCGAAACGCGCGUUAUGUAAGAAUUGAGUGAAGCCGGCAGCCUGAAAUCCUUGUUUCCCACCAAAUUCGUACAAACCUUGUCUCUACUUAUAUCACUUUCGGAUCCCGACAGACGGUUGUUCUGCCAGUUUGAGUCUCGGGAGCCGCCGACCUGCCCCCGGGGAUGGUGAUGCUGCGGUUCUACCGGGAGACCGGCCCCAGCGGCCGGAAGCUGCGCCUGCUGCAGCAGAGCUGCGCGCACGUGCGCGGCCUCGCCACGGAGCUGUGCUUCUACGUGGAGAGCAGCGCGCCGCUGAGCGACGCAGACCUGCGCAGGCUCCGCUGGGUGCUGAGCCCCCCGUUCGAGCCGGGCCGACUCGGCCGAGAGCCGCGCCUGGCCGAGACGCCCUCCGCCAGCUGGCUCGUGGAGAUAGGACCGAGGCUGAACUUCUCAACUGCGUUCUCGAGCAACGCUGUCUCGAUCUGCGCGGCAGUCGGCAUCAAGCACGUGACGAGGCUGGAAGUGUCCACGCGGUACUUGGUCACCUGGCAGGAAGACGGCCUGACCGUCAGCCCAUCCGUCAAGCAGCAGCUGGUGGACGUUCUGCACGACCGGAUGACCCAGUGCCGGUACCCGGCGCCGCUGGAGAGCUUCCGGCUGGACGUGGCCCCUCAGCCGUGGUACCUGGUGGACGUCCUCGGCCAGGGCAGGAAGGCCCUGGAGGAGGCCAACUCCCACUUGGGCCUGGCCUUCGACUCGUGGGACCUGGACUACUACACGGACCUGUUCAGGAACAAGCUGAGGAGGAACCCGACGAGCGUGGAGUGCUUCGACCUGGCCCAGUCCAACAGCGAGCACAGCCGGCACUGGUUCUUCAAGGGGAAAAUGAUUAUUGAUGGCAUUGAAGAACCUGAAUCGCUCAUUGACAUGAUUAUCAAAACGCAGGAAACCACGAACCCAAACAGCAUUAUUAAAUUUUGUGAUAACAGCAGUGCCAUCGAAGGUUUCGUAGUUCCUGUGUUCCGGCCGGCCGCGGCGGGGAAGUGCAGCGAGUUCUCGGUGGUCGAAGGCAAGCAGCACCUCGUCUUCACGGCCGAGACGCACAACUUCCCGACCGGCGUCGCGCCUUUCAGUGGGGCCACGACCGGAACCGGCGGGCGUCUCCGGGACGUUCACGCGGUCGGCCGGGGAGGCCACUACAUCGCGGGCACGGCCGGCUACUGCGUGGGGAACCUCUUCAUCCCAGGCUACGACCUGCCAUGGGAGCAGCCCGCCCCGUACCCCGCCAACUUCGCCCCGCCGCUGGAGAUCCUGGUGGAGGCCAGCAACGGGGCGUCGGACUACGGCAACAAGUUCGGGGAGCCCGUGGUGUGCGGCUUCGCACGCUCCUUCGGCCUGGCCGACGCGUCGGGCGAGCGCCGCGAGUGGGUCAAGCCCGUCAUGUUCAGCGGCGGCGUGGGCUGCCUGGACGCCGGCAUGGUGGACAAGAUGGCGCCCGAGAAAGGCAUGCAGGUCGUGAAGCUGGGAGGUCCGGUGUACCGGAUCGGGGUCGGAGGAGGGGCAGCUAGUUCUGUGGAGGUGCAAGGCGACAACAAGAGCGAGCUGGACUUCGGGGCGGUGCAGCGGGGCGACGCCGAGAUGGAGCAGAAGCUGCACCGGGUCAUCAGGGCCUGCCUGGAGCUGGGAGCGGGCAACCCCAUCUGCAGCAUCCACGACCAGGGCGCCGGCGGGAACGGAAACGUGCUGAAGGAGAUCGUGGAACCCUUGGGGGCGGUGGUGUUCGCCCGCCGCUUCCAGCUGGGCGACCCCACCAUCUCGACGCUGGAGCUGUGGGGGGCGGAGUACCAGGAGAACGACGCCGUGCUCUGCCGGCCCGGGGACGUGCCGCUGCUGAGGCGGAUCUGCGGCCGUGAGCGCUGCCCGGUGAACUUCGUCGGCACGGUGCUCGACUGCGGGAAGAUAAUACUCUCGGAAGAAGAAGACACGGACGACAAGAGCUACCUGGAUGGCAGUUACGUUCGCAAAGACGUCGUUCAUCCGGUCAACCUGGAGCUGGAGUUGGUACUUGGGAAGAUGCCGCAGAAAGAGUUCCGGCUGGAGCGGCGGCCGGCGAUUGUGGCGCCGCUGGCGCUGCCGCCGGGCCUGGCGGUGCGCGCGGCCCUGGACCGCGUGCUGCGGCUGCCGGCGGUCGCCAGCAAGCGCUACCUCACCAGCAAGGUGGACCGCUGCGUGACGGGGCUGGUGGCCCAGCAGCAGUGCGUGGGGCCCCUCCACGCCCCGCUGGCCGACGUGGCCGUCGCCGCGCUGUCCGUGCUCUCCACCAAGGGUGUGGCGACUGCGAUAGGCGAGCAGCCAAUCAAAGGGCUGAUCGACCCGGCUGCCGGGGCAAGGCUCACGGUCGCUGAGUCCCUGAGCAACUUGGUGUUCGCCGCGAUAUCCGAUUUGAAGGACGUGAAGUGCAGCGGCAACUGGAUGUGGGCGGCCAAGCUGCCCGGGGAGGGCGCGGCGCUGCGCGACGCCUGCGCGGCCAUGUGCCGGCUCAUGGCGCAGCUGGGGGUCGCCGCUGACGGAGGCAAGGACUCCCUCAGCAUGGCGGCCCGCGUCGGCGGGGACGUCGUCAAGGCCCCCGGCACGCUGGUGGUGUCGGCCUACGCCCCCUGCCCCGACGUCACCAAGGUGGUCACGCCGGACCUGAAGGGCCCCUCGCUGGGCGCGGAGGGAGUGCUGCUCCACGUGGACCCCUCCGGGGGCAGGAGCCGCCUGGGCGGGUCGGCGCUGGCCCAGUGCUUCGGGCAGCUGGGGGACCGGGCGCCCGACGUGGACCGGCCCGGGGCGCUGCGCGACGCCUUCGCGGCCACCCAGGAGCUCAUCAGAGGCGGCAGGAUCCUGGCGGGACACGACGUCAGCGACGGGGGCCUCGUCACGUGCCUCCUGGAGAUGGCGUUCGGCGGCAUCAGCGGGCUGCGGGCGGCCGUGUCCUGGGGGACGGGGGCGGCGCCCCUGGAGGUCCUGUUCAGCGAGGAGGUGGGCUGGGUCCUGGAGGUGCUCCCAAGGCACGCGGGCGAGGUCCGGGCCGCCUUCCGGGCGCUCGGCGUCCCGUGCUCCGAGAUCGGCCGGUCCAUCGGCUACGGCCUGGAGUCCCUCGUGACGAUCUCGGUGGACGGCAGCGAGGUGCUGCGAGAGGACCUGCUGUCCCUGUACAAGACCUGGGAGGAGACCAGCUACCGCCUGGAGUGCCUCCAGGCGGACCCCGACUGCGCGAGGCAGGAGUUCGAGAAGCUGGGCGAGCGCCGGGCUCCGGAGUACGCGCUGACGUUCACGCCCGAGGAGACCCCCGUCCCCCGGCCUCGCGCUCAGCCGGCGGCCCGCGUGGCGGUGGUACGGGAGGAAGGCUCCAACGGCGACCGCGAGAUGGCGGUCGCCCUGCACCUGGCCGGGUUCCAGGUCCUCGACGUCACGAUGCAGGACCUGCUCGACUCGAGCGUCACCGUCGACCAGUUCCAAGGCGUCGUGUUCCCCGGGGGCUUCAGCUACGCAGACGUGCUGGGGUCGGCCAAGGGCUGGGCGGCGAGCCUGCUGUUCCACCCGUCGCUGCGGGCGCAGUUCCGGGCGUUCGCCGCGCGGCCCGACACGUUCAGCCUGGGCGUCUGCAACGGCUGCCAGCUCAUGAGCCUGCUGGGCUGGGUCGGCGUCCAGGGGCCAGAGGAUCCGUCGGGCGGCGAUGAAGUCAGGACCCCGGACGUCGCCCUCGACCACAACCUGUCGGGGAGGUUCGAGUGCCGCUUCGCGACGGUGCGCAUCGACAAGUCCCCCGCCGUCAUGCUGGAGGGGAUGGAGGGCAGCGUGAUGGGCGUCUGGGUCGCCCACGGGGAAGGUCGUUUUACAUACCGAAACGAAGAAGUACGAUCCCAGAUGCAAAGGAAAAAUUGCUUCGCAAUCAAAUAUGUGGAUGAUGCUGGAAAUCCAACGGAAGUUUAUCCUCUGAAUCCAAAUGGAAGUGUAGGCGGCGUGGCGGGAGUGUGCUCGCCCGACGGCCGGCAUCUCGCCAUGAUGCCCCACCCGGAGCGCUGCACCCAGCUCUGGCAGUGGCCCUGGUUGCCCCCCGCGUGGAGGGGGGAGGGCGCGCACCAGGCCUCCCCCUGGCUGCGGCUGUUCCAGAACGCCCGCGCCUGGGCGUCGCGCAGCCGCGCCGACUCCUCGUGACCGCCGUUUUCUGCUCGAACAUAACAUACUACUGGCUCGCUGUAGGAAAGUCUUUGACGGAGAUCUAAAAACUGACGAAAACUAGCUUCUACCGCGCAGCUUAGGUUCCCCCCCCCCCCUCUCCUUCUUUGCGACAGAGAGGGGAGUGACGGAAAUUCUCUGUCGCAAAGAAGGGAAAGGGGGGGAGACCUAAGCUGCGCAGUAGAAGCUAGUUUUCGUUAGUUUUUUGAUCUUCAUCAAAACCUUUCCUACAGCGAGCCGGUAGUACAUUCGAUUGUAAGACGGCAUCUAUUCUUUUUAUAAAAAGAAAAAAAAACGCUGUGGACAGACACCGUUUUUGGCUCGAACAUGAGACACAUUCGAUUGUAAGACGGCAUCUAUUCUUAAAAAUUAAAAAAAUCACACCGUGGACGGACGCCGUUUUCGGCUCAAACAUAAGACACAUUCGAUUGUAAGACGGCAUCUAUUUAAAAAAUCACACCGUGGACAGACGCCGUUUUUGGCUCGAACAUGAGAUACAUUCGAUUGUAAGACGGCAUCUAUUUUUUUUUAAAAAAAUCACACAUUGGACAGACACAGUUUUUGGCUCGAACAUGAGACACAUUCGAUUGUGAGACGGCAUCUAUUCUUAAAAAUAAAAAAAAUCACACGGUGGACGGACGCCGUUUUCGGCUCGAACAUAAGACACAUUCGAUUGUAAGACUGCAUCUAUUUUAAAAAAAAAUCACACCGUGGACAGACACAGUUUUUGGCUCGAACAUGAGAUACAUUCGAUUGUAAGACUGCAUCUAUUCUUAAAAAAAAAAAAUCACACUGUGGACGGACACCAUUUUUGGCUCGAACAUUAGGCACAUUCGAUUGUAAGACGGCAUCUAUUUAAAAAAUCACACAUUGGACAGACACCGUUUUUGGCUCGAACAUGAGAUACAUUCGAUUGUAAGAUGGCAUCUAUUUUAAAAACAAAAAUCACACUUUGGACAGACACUGUUUUCAGCUCGAACAUAAGAUACAUUCAAUUGUAAGAUGGCAUCUAUUUAAAAAAAAAUUACACCGUGUACAGACACCGUUUUUGGCUGACGGUUUUUUUUUUAUUUAUAUAUAUAUA